AUGAUAGAGAGCGAUAUCCCGUCCAUAAUGUCAGGAAUCAUUAGGAAUUCAGGGCAAAACCACCACCCCUCGCAGGAGUACAGGCUCCUGGCUUCAGACCCGUCCCAGCUGAGCGAGGAUGAGCUCCCGGGGGAUUUGCAGUCCCUGUCCUGGCUGACAUCCGUGGAUGUGCCUCGGCUCCAACAGAUGGCCAGUGGGAGGAUGGAUUUCAGCCUGGGGGCCCAGAACGCCAUGCUCCAGCAGACAGGUGCUGUGGGGAGCACGAUGCACUCGACACCCGGAGCAAUGAUCCACGUCCAGGCCAGUCUCCCACAGGGAAUCCUGGGCCUCAAUUCCAUUUCAACACACGGAGCCAAAAUGAGCCCCUACGCCGUGGGUGGGCAACUGUCCCCUGGUUUGCAAACACAGCAACAGCUCUUCCCUCCUCCUCCUCCUCCUCCUCCUCCUCACUCCCAGCAGGUGUUUGCACUGGCCCAGAACCCCCAGCAGUGUAACCCAGCAGCAAUCUACAACACAUCCUAUGGGGCACAGCCACACUAUUCCCAGCCACGCCUGGCUCCCCAGUCUGCCCAGGAGCUGCAUCCAAAGCAUUAUCCCAAGCCCAUCUAUUCCUACAGCUGUUUGAUCGCCAUGGCGCUGAAGAACAGCAAGACCGGGAGCCUGCCCGUGAGCGAGAUCUACAGCUUCAUGAAGGAGCACUUCCCUUACUUCAAGACAGCCCCUGACGGGUGGAAGAAUUCCGUGCGCCACAACCUGUCCCUGAACAAGUGCUUUGAGAAGGUGGAGAACAAACUGAGCGGGACCUCCCGCAAGGGCUGCCUGUGGGCCCUCAACCCCGCCAAGAUCGACAAGAUGGAGGAGGAGAUGCAGAAGUGGAAGAGGAAGGAUUUGGCUGCUAUUCACAGGAGCAUGGCUAACCCAGAGGAGCUGGACAAGCUGAUCACUGACAGACCUGAGAGCUGCAGGCGGCCCAACAAGCAGGCAGAGCCCGAGGGGCCCCCCCUGGGCCGGAUCUCCGUGUCCCAGCUCCAGCCCCAGCCCAUCAUGACGCUGUCCCUGCAGUCCCUGCCCCUGCACCACCAGCUCCAGACCCAGGCUCGCCUCGCCCCCAACUCGCCAGCCCCUGCACAAACGCCUCCUCUGCACACCCUGCCUGACAUGAGCCACAGCCCCCUGCCCCACCAUCCCAUGGGACGCGCCCCGGACUUCCCGAACGUGGCGGUGGACAUGAGCACGGAGGUGGACGCUCUGGAUCCAAGCAUUAUGGAUUUCGCACUGCAAGGGAACAUUUGGGAAGAGAUGAAAGACGACAGCUUCAGCCUGGACACCCUGGGUGCCUUCAGCAACUCCCCCCUGCAUCUCUCCGACUGCGAGCUGGGCACGCCCGGCCUCACGCCCGUGUCCAGCGGCAGCGACCGCUCCUUCUCCGACCUGCAGGUCACUGGCCUUUACACCACCUACACCACCCUGGACAAUGUGGCAGCUGCUCAGUACAUGAACCCCCAAGGCAACAAACCCAUCCCUCUGCUCUGAGCUUGGCCCUGUUCCACGGACCCCGAGGGACAGUUCUUCCCCGCGGUUAAAAUCCGACCGGGAAGCUCCAAGAGCUCGUCCUGCUUUGGGAUGUGUUGGCUGCUUCCAGCGUGUGAGGCCAAAAUAAAUCAAGCUGGGACUUGGUAGAACCACUUUCCCCCACGGCAAGGGCAUGGACACUUGUGUUGUGGGACUGGGGAGCUCUCCAGAAGGAGCUGGAAGGAAGCAGGAACUUUCACUGGAAUGUAACUGAGCUAAAAAUCACUCAGUUAAGGGAAUUAAAUUUAUUCCACACCAUGGUGCAGCUGCUGUGUCACCACUGUCACAGAAGCCACCACAAGACAAGGGGCUGGCCAGCCCCAAGUUGGUUGAUUGUGCCCCUGGUGUGUAAUUUUUACUUAAUGUGCCAAAUUGGACAAAGACCUCCCCCAGUUCCUGGAGACAUUUGCACCACUAACACUUUUCUGACGUAACUGUUGUUAAUUUAUUGUUAGGAGGUAGAAAAAAAGGAGCAAAACCACUAAAAAAGGAAAACUCACCUCCCUAGCAGAUCACUGUUAUAUCUAGAUUUGUAAAAGUCCUCACCCCUGAAGGAAGUGGUACUACUGAACUAUUAAACUGAUCACUGGCUAGAGGAUUUUAGGAAUUAUGCCGAUUUUUAGGAUUUUUUAAAAAAAUAGAUUGGUUUAUAGUCUUGUGUAUUGUGCUUCUGUCUAUUCUUGUGCUAGGCAGUAUUACUAUUUGUAAAUUUAUUUAUAUUUAUUGUUAUGAAAAGAAAUUAUGUGAACUGAGCACUGUUCAAUUUGUAUAAUGCUGCAGUAACCUGUUUUACAACCACUAAAUUAUUCAUCAGAACCACAACCAUCUUAUCACAGUUUUUACACUACAUUUCCUUAAUAAGCACUUUUGAUACUGUGAAACUCAUGCUUUUUAAAAAAUUCAGAGACCAAAUAUUGUCACUGUACCUUUCAUAAUAGUCUUUGCUAAU